AUGUCAAACAAGAACACCAAGCAGAGCUUCAACGUUGACCCUAAAGAUUUGGCUCGAGUUAAUGCAUACAGGCGAAUUGGAGCAGGUUUGGUUUUUAUGGCUCUGCCAGCUAUUGAAAUUUACAGAAGAGUGUAUCUCGACAAAGAGAGGAAGAUGCAGCAAGGAGAAUACAAUCCGAAGGAAGGGACCUUGCGGCUUUUCUCUGAAGAGGAGAAGCUUGAGAAGUUUAAAAAUAGCUGGAUGACAAGAAUAUUUGGCGAGAAGUAG